AUGCCUGACUUCUUCCUUUCGAAACGACUCUUCUCAUUUGUAAUCGCCCUACUAUGCUUCUCAGUCAUCGUCGUUUUCAUGGAAGAAUAUGCUGAAGACGACCUGCAGACCAAAUUCGUGUCUUCAGUACCGGGAUCGACUGCCUUGAAAGGAGUCAAGACACCUGAGAACUGCUGGUUGUACGAGAAGACGGUCGAAGUCACGCCAUGUGAGAAGUGCUCAGAAUUCGAAAUCCGAGCUCUGAAAACGAAACACUGCGUGGAAACUGGGUCUUUUAGACGUGUCAAUUGCACCGAAUCGGGCAACGUUGUUCUCCGUCCUUGUCCCAGAGCUUCCUCAGCUGUUUUACCAGAUUUUCACAUCUUUGCUUUGCUGAAUGUUGCCCUACUGGUUGGAAGCUUCUUAGUGGCCAGAAAACGUAUUGAAGAAUCUAACAGACGUGCCUAUAUGAGAGUCGCCCAAUUUUUCGAAUCAACAGCGCCUUAA